GGGGGUCAUGAGGAGCUGAACACAUCGAUCAGUCAAAGCGUUUGGUCUGUUGGAGCAAAGAGGGAAAAGCUUCCUGUGAUAAAAAGCAACCACAGAUUCAAUCAGGAGGAUCCUGCAGACCAGCUGCAGGUAGCUGAUAGCUGCGGAUCUGACAUUAAUCAAGGAGCCCUGUGAGGGUCUGACCAGGAUGCUGCAGCUGUGCAAAGUCACCAGCGCCCUCUUCAUCAGUAACGCCCGCUCAGCCUGCAGCGACGAGCUCCUCCAGCAGGAGGCGGUGACACUUUGCAUCAAUGUGUCCAAGCAGCAGCCGUUCCCAUUCAACAGCGGCAUCACCAAGCUGCGGAUCCCUGUCUAUGAUGACCCCAACGAGGACCUCUACAGCCACUUUGACCGCUGCGCCGAUGCCAUCCAGAAGGAGGCCAACCGUGGAGGGCACAGUGUCGUCUACUGCAAGAACGGGCGCAGCCGCUCUGCGACCAUCUGUAUUGCCUACCUGAUGAAGCACCGCAAACAGACACUGACAGAGGCAUUACAGAGGGUGAAGACAGCUCGUCACAUCGUGGAUCCGAAUCCCGGCUUCAUGUCUCAGCUGCAGAGAUACGAGGAGGAGCUGAAGAGGAGGAGAAGAGCGUCCUGAUGCUGAAGUGUCCUCUUGUCUGCUCUGCUUCACACUCAUCACUGGCUGUGCUUCAAUCUAAGAAACUCAAACUUCACAUUAGUUUAAGGUGCUCAUAUUGAUGCAAACAGGAGAAUCUUUCUAGAAAAAGUCUAAAAAUAAAAGACCAACUUAGUCUGGGUAAGUCCGAGGAUAAAUACAGGAAUUACCAUAAACCACAAAGAAAGAUACAUUAAGCAGCAGCUUAAACAAAAUAAUAAUAACAAUAACACAAACACAUAAAAAACAUUAUUUAUAUUGAAUAAUGGUCAUAUGCUGACAUGUGAAGAACAUGAUUAGAAGUAGGUUUUUAAAUUGUUUGUAGUUAAUCUCUUAAAACACUAGGAAAUAAAUCAAUUAGCAGGUAAAACUGUGUAGAGAACAUACAAGUAAAACAAAGUCAGUUUGAAAGGGUUUAAUAAUUUAUUAAUUUAAUCAGAAAAGACAUAAAUAAACCAGUCAGAGGAUAAAAAUCCCCCUCCUCUAAAGAACCAGUUACCUCAAAUAUAUAACAAAUUGUUCUUAUGGUGCUUGUAUUUCAUAGAAAUAUAGUUUUUAGAACCAAUGUUUUCUAUUUAUUUUAGUAAUACUGUGUUGUUAAGUAUUCUAGUAUUUUUUACUGUAUUCUAGUAUUUUUUAAUGUUGAAUUAUAAUUGCAUUUAUUUUUCUCACUACUCACGAACACAAGGAAUAAGAAUAUAACAGAAAAUUAAACAAAAUAACCCACUGAUUGAAUUUUGAGAAGAAAAUCAUGAAUAAUGAACAAAAUUUCAUUCCAAAGUAUUUUAUGUGGGCUUUAUGGUAAACACACAAAAGAA